AUGAUAGUGGACAAAGCUCAACAGGAAUGGAUCAAGUAUGAUGCAGCGAAUGAGUCAGACACACGAGCAAAUGCACCUCUGGAAAUGGAAGGACAGAUUCAGCAACGGUGGGAGCCACCUAAGGAAGAAAUAAUGAGGAUCAAUACGGAUGCAGCAAUUUCAGCUCAAAUGGUCAGAACAAGAUUGGGGAUUAUCACGAGGAAUUGGCGUGGGGAGAUAGUGAAAGCUAAGGGAAUCACUGAGAGGAGGAGAGGGGAAGCAGCCACUGAGGAAACACUAGCAAUCAGAGGUGCACUGGAAAUGGCUCAGGGUGCACGAUGGACAAACAUUGAAGUCCAAUCUGACUGCAAAAAUGUUGUGAGCCUUAUCAAUCCGGACAAUGUUCAGGAUUGCACACUACAAACAAUCCUGGAAGACAUUGAUAUCUUGAAGAAGAGCUUUGACAGUUGCAAUUUCUCUUUUGUGCCCAGAACUACUAAUGGUUGCAGCCAUGCAAUGGCUCAAUUGGCAGUCAAGUCAAUUAGAAAUAUAGAGUAG